AUGCAUGUGAACGAAUCAUUGGGAUCUGAGAAGAAACUGCUGGAUCCUGUUCUUGGAGAACUCUUCUACGGGUACUGGCCAGCGAAUGCAACUCGUGGAGGCAAAGCUACCCUGGUCGCAGAACAUGUCUCCCACCACCCUCCUAUCACAGCUUAUCGCAUAGAGAACCUCGAAAAAGGUGCCCAAAAGACGAGUUCUAGUGGUGGAAGCAUCAUCGUAAAGCAAGUCGGGCAUGCAGUCCUGACUGUAUCCCUUCUGUCUGGGGAAACCGAGGAAUACCUGAUCACACUUCCUCGACUCCGCAUCGAUGGGCUGUGGGAGGGUGAUUUUGAGAGUGCUGCGAAGUUCAAGCGGAAGAUUGAGAACGAGCAAAGGCAGAGAAGACGGGACGAAUCUGCUGGUGGUACGACGUGGGAAUUGAAUCAUUUUAAACAUGUGGAACAUGGUCCUGUCUACGAACGUCUAGGCAAGCAUUCAAAGCAAACCCUCCAACAGAAGAUGGAUAUGUUCACCUCAGCAACGUUCCGCGCUCCGAGUCCUAGUCGUAGAUCCCGGGCAAGUAUGCCUCUAGACGCAGAUAUGGACUUGAAUCAUUCAUGCUUGGGUUGGUUGUAUAAGGACUGA